CACAAACUCAACUUUUGUUACAAUUUAUACAACAUUUUUGUAAAAUGGCAGCAGCAAUGAAGCAAUACUGCGCAAAACCACCCAGCGUUGCUAUUUAUGACCUAGAGGCAACUGGACUUGAAGACGAUUCUCAGAUAACACAGAUAUCUGUAAAGCUAGCGAAUGGUGUGGUUUUCAACAGAUAUGUGAGGCCUACCAUUGAUAUACCAGACAGAGUGGUGAGAUUGACUGGUAUUCAAAUAAGAGGUGACAAAAUGUAUGCUGAUGGUAAACCUGUACCCAGUGUGCCUAUAGCCGAGGCUUUGAAAGACAUGGCAGAAUUCCUAUCUGAGACCAAAGUGACCUUAACAGCUCAUUAUGGAGAUAGGUUUGAUCAUCCAAAAUUGAUGAGAAAUAUUAAAGCAUGUGGCCUCAUAGAUGACUUCCGUGCAAAAGUCGAUGGGUUUGCAGAUACAUGGAUUUUCUUCAAGAAAGUAUGGCAAUGCAGGAG